AUGCUGGCCCAGACUUCUAUCCUCAUUCUGUACUGUCAAGGCUAUACUCAUUCUGUCAAGACCACAAACGUUGGUGUUGGAAUUAUUGCAGUGGGAGGCUUGCAUAUGAGCUUGAAGUUGCAAAUCCCAACAGUUGGGAGUAACAAUGUGCACCAUGCGCCAAGGUAUUGGGAUGGCCUGCAAAAGGGACUUGAUGGAACAAGCAUGUGUAAUAUCUUUCACAUCCGAAUACGAUUCCGGAAGGUGCAUCACUGCAUUCAGGUCUGUGUCGAGUGCAUAAGAUCGAUUCAAUACCCUGGGUCUGCUGGUAGGAUGUUCGUGCUGGAUAGCGGAGCUUGA